AUGGCAUUCAAAUUCUUAGCUAUCUGCGCCGUAUUGGCCGUUGCUCAAGCCGGAGUUGUCCCAUCAGUCUACCAUCACCAACCAGCUGUCUACACUCAUGCUGAACCCGCAUACGCCAAGACCGUCGCCUAUGCUGCCCCAGCUUACCACCAAUACAACUCCGUUCCAGUGCACAAGACUGUUGUCGCUCAACCCGCUGUCUACGCACACGCCCCAGUGGUCCACAAAACCGUCGUCGCUGCCCCCGUUACCAAAGUCGUUGAUGAGUAUGACCCACACCCAGAAUACUCCUUCUCAUACGGUGUUCAAGACAGCUUGACCGGUGACGCCAAGAGCCAACACGAAACCCGCCAUGCCGACGGAACCGUCGAAGGAUCUUAUUCCCUCGUUGAAGCUGACGGAACCAAACGUAUUGUUGACUACACCGCUGACCCACACCACGGAUUCAACGCCGUCGUCCGCAAGGAAGGUCAUGCCGUUGUUGCCAAGGCUGUUCCCGUUGUCCACAAAACCGUCGUUGCUGCUGCCCCAGUUGUCCACAAAACUGUUGUCGCUCAACCCGCUGUCCAUGCCUACCAUCAUGCCGAACCCGUUGUCUAUGCCCAUCAACCAGCUGCCGUCGUCAAGUCGUACGCUGCCCCAGCAUACAACCACUACCAUCAUUAA